AUGUCUUUAGAGGACGGUAUCAUCCACUUCAAGUGUAAAUAUUCCAAGCCAAGCACAGCUUCAAUCGUUUCAUACCAGACAGUUCCACAAACAGCCAUGUCUUCCGAAACAGAUCAUCUCUCUCACUUCUACGAAUCAGAAAGAAAUCUCGUAGAAAAAAUAAUCAAUAUCAUAUUGGAAUGCAACAAACUUCGCGACACGGUCAAAGCUAGAUAUUUGUCAUUGCAAGCCUCGGAAGCGCAAAUAUUACAGCUUGAGGAAGAGAAGACUGUGCUCGAGAAGAGUGCUAAGAAGUUGGCGAAAUAUGAAGAGCGUCCUAAAGAUUCAGGAUUAGAAGGGGUGGAGGAAGUGAUUAAUGGGAUGGAAUUUAUGAAGAACGCUUUGGAUGCUCAUAGAGAUGGGGCAGAUGGGGCGGAGAAAGCGUUGAAAAUUACUUUGGGUUCUCAAAGGAAUAGGGUGGAUGCUGCGGAGAGAGAAUCGAGCAGAGAUUGUGCCACUCAUAGCAUAGCAGUGAUUGAUCAAUUAAUGUAA